GGAAAGGUGGCGGCGGGCAGCCGCGGGGCACUGUGGGCUGCGCUCCGAGCAUCAUGGCGGCGCCCGUCGGGUCCUUAGCGGGCUGGGGGCGGUGGGUGAGUUCGUCCUCCUCUGCCGCUGUAACGCCCCGGCCGUGGCGGCUGUUCGGGGCGCUGUGCCUGCUGAGGCUGCCCCGCAUCACGCAGCCCCUCCGCAGGGAGGAGGAGGAGAUGGCGGCGCUCAUGGGGCAGAUAGAGCUGGAGAAGAGCCGCUACUCCGACCACGAGGUCCGCAAGCUGGAGGAGGAGGAGCAGCUCAGGAGGAGGAAGGAGAGCUCGUACGACGAGGAUGAGGCGCCUGGUAAAACGGUCAUCAUGGCCCAGGACCUGGAGGACAAGUGGGAACAGAAAUUACUGCAGUUCAGCCCGGCCCCGUGGGUGACAGAUGCUGAUAAAAAAGAUGAUCGAACGUCUCUGAACAGGAAGCUGGACAGUAACCUGAUGCUGCUGGUGAAGCAGAAGAUUGGUAACCAGGAGCUGUGGCUCCUGCCUCAAGUGGAAUGGCAGCCUGGAGAGACUAUGCGAAACACAGCUGAGCGAGCCAUGGCUACGUUUUUGGGAGAUCACAUUCAAGCCAAAAUCCUGGGGAAUGCACCAUAUGGGAUUUACAAGUAUAAGUUUCCCAGGGCCAUCAGGACUGAAGAUAACGUGGGAGCCAAAGUAUUCUUCUACAAAGCCUUCCUCCAGAGCAGUGAUUUGUCGCAGGCAGAGCUGAAGAAAGAUUAUCUGUGGGUCACAAAGGAUGAGCUGGGAGCUUACUUGAAGCCGGAAUACCUGAAAAAAGUCAAUCGAUUCCUUCUGGACUUAUAAGUGAUAAGCUGUGCUCCAGCAGGUGGGGAAGAUGUGGGAUGUGACUCUGAGGAGUAGAAGAGCUGCUGCUUUGCACGGCCUGUGUAUAUAGGAUGUUAAGUAGGGCUCUGGAGGAUAAAUUGCCUUUGCCUUACUUCCCACUUCUCUUCACCAGGCCUGUUCUAAAUAAAUAUUAAAACUUAUACUCUGAAGUGAA